UUAAAGUCGCAACGCUCUUUGAGAGCUUUGUUUUCUAGUAACGCCGAAGAGAUUACUCACUGACAUGUGGAGGAAACCCAGUUCAUUUUAAGUAAUAAUUUAACACACCCUCUUCAACUGCACAGUUUCAAGGACUGACACGCCCCUGUUGCAGUCAUGACUGUUGACGUAGGUACAACAGUAAUUAAAGCAUACCCCUGCUAUGAAACCUGCCCUGCAGUGUCUGUAAUCCAGGUUUCCUGAAGUUACCGCUGCCAUUACCGAAGAGUUGAGGGUUCCACAGUGCAGCUGGAGGAAAGGGACCGAAGUACACUGGGAGUAAAAAAAUUACUACUGUAAUGGACGAAGACGGAAAACUAGUUUGAUGGAAGAAAUUCGGGAACGGUAGGAAGUAUUACUGCGGUAUAAUGGAAUAAGCUGCGGUGAAGGAACCGCAUCACUUGGCUUAUGUGGAUUUUUCCUUGCCACUUCAAAGUUGUGGUCCCUUUUCCCAGUUGGAUGUGACAGACUGGAUCCUCCAGCUUCGUGAACCCAAUGCCCUUGAUACAGAGUGAGAAUGGCCUGGGGUGGACACUGUGUUCCGUAGAUCAAGGAAAUUGCUCAUACACACCCAUCAGCUUAUUUUCCCCCUUCCUCAUCCCUGUUUGGAGACUGAAAUGAAGAAACUGGUUAGCUGGUCUGCAGCAGAGGUGUCCCACUGGCUGACAGAGGAAGGCAUGCAAGAGUACUCCGAGCACUUUCGACAUCUCAAUGGCCAGGCCCUGCUGCAGCUCACGGAGGAAGACUUCAGGAAGCCUCCGUUUUCUCUGGUGACCUCUGACAAUGGCCGGCAGCUGCUGGACAGGAUUGAGACUCUGAAAAUCGAGCACCACAUUGAGGUGCACAAGAAUGGGCACGCCAAUGGGCAUCUGAUUAUGGGUGGCGACGGAGAUGCUACCAGCAAAGCCAAGAGAAACGGAGUGCCCAAUGGUUUCCGCAAGGAGAUGGUCCAGAUCCCAAUGCCCGAGCCUGAGCAUUCGCCCUACCCUCUGGAGUGGGUCAAGACAGGCGUGGCCUUUUUCUAUGCACUAUCUUGUUUUGUCCUCACCACCGUCAUGAUCUCCGUGGUCCAUGAGCGAGUGCCUCCCAAGGAGGAGAACCCUCCGUUGCCCGACAAGUUUUUUGACCUUUUCGACAGGGUGGAGUGGGCGUUCUCCAUCUGUGAGAUCAAUGGCAUGGUCCUGGUGGGCCUGUGGCUCUUGCAGUGGAUUUUAUUAAAGUACAAAUCCAUUAUUGGCCGGCGAUUCUUCUUUAUUGUUGGCACCCUUUACCUGUACAGGUGUAUUACAAUGUAUAUCACAACACUCCCUGUGCCUGGUAUGCACUUCAAGUGCUCUCCAAAGCUGUUUGGAGACUGGGAAGCACAGAUGCGGAGAGUGAUGAAGAUGAUAGCUGGAGGAGGCCUGUCCAUCACAGGGUCUCACACCAUGUGUGGGGACUACCUGUACAGCGGACACACAGUCAUGCUAACACUCACCUAUCUCUUUAUUAAAGAGUAUUCUCCAAAAAGGUUCUGGUGGUACCACUGGAUAUGUUGGACUCUCAGUGCUGUUGGAAUCUUCUGCAUUCUGCUUGCCCAUGAUCACUACACUGUGGAUGUGGUGGUAGCAUACUUCAUCACUACACGUCUGUUUUGGUGGUACCACACCAUGGCCAACCAGCAAGUGCUAAAAGAAACCUCGCAGAGUAACUUUUUUUCUCGGGUUUGGUGGUACAGACUUUUCCAGUACUUUGAACAGAAUGUGCAUGGGAUUGUACCUCGGAACUAUCAGUGGCCAUUCUCCUGGAGAACACUAAAGUACAACGGAGCAGUGAAAUACUCUAGGAUAGAGACAUAGCAACAGUGUCGUGACUCGAAGACUGUCCAGGUGACUGUGAAGUCACAGGUGAGAAGGGUUUCUGAUGGACUGCCUAAAGUGCUACAAUCUUAUCACGAGAAGAUGCCAUAGUGAACUCCUUGCUGUUCCUUUCUUGUUUAGUGUUCACUUUUGACUUGUUCCAGUAACACUGGUCAGCACUGUGAUUUUUAUUUUCCAAACUCAUUCAUUUUCAAACAGAUCAAAACGUGCACUGUAAACACUAAGGAUCUUGUAUUCAAGACGCUUAAUUGCUUGAAACCCCAUCGAAUUUAAAAGGGAUUUAAGCAUCUCAGUGGUUUGAAUAAAGGGUCUUUUAAUGAUUUUGUAUUUUGCCAUUAGAGAGAAAUUGUUCCAUUGUAAAUCUGAUGAACAUUUCAACCAGGUUGUUUUAUGAUUUACUCUUGUAUGUCUGGAUUUAUUUUUAUUUCCUAUAAAAAAUAUUUCUGUUAACCCCAAGGUCUGGGCUAUAAGCCAUUCUCUAGUAAGGUCUACGAUGUACAAAAUAAUUUUGCCUCUAAAAUAACAUUAAUUAAAUUGCAGGGGGAAAAUGUAGUAACGAACUUGGAGGGGUUUUAGAACCAGAAAGAUUUUUUUUCCGUUUUUUAAAUGAUCAUUGUUUUUUAUGUAUCCUCACUAAAUAUGGCAAAGGUGCAAAAGAUUUUUUCUAUUUCACAGGUUUAUUUUUCAAAUUAAUGACGUUUAAAGAUAUAAAUUGACUUUUAGAUUUUUACAUUUUGAAAAGAAAGCAAGUGGAGAAAAACCAAGAGUGAUAUUAAGUGUUUUCUAGUGCCUUUCUUGUCUUGACUGUACAGUCUAUUGGUGGUCUCAUUAAUGUGUUUUUGUUUAAAAUAUUGUGAAGAGGUACAUAAUUUAUUUGGCUUGAACCACACAAACGGCAUCUGCAGUGAUGAAAGCAGUGUCUUGGCUUUUGAUUCUAGAUUUAUGUGAUUGAAGGACAGAAGCCCCAAGAAGUUUUAUUCAAAAACUGAAUGUAAUGCUUAAGUUAUAAUGAUAAGAAAUUGGUCUUCCGAACGUAACAGCAAAGAAAAACAUACUACCGCCGAAAUGCCUGGAGUUUUAUAUUUUUCCAGACUUUUUUUUAAAGUUGAGAGUAUUUUGUUUUGUGCCCUUAUUCUCCUUUCAAUUUUAAAUGCCAAACAUCCACUUGGGCUUUGGGCUCCCAGUGUUUUCCUGUUAUGUGUAAAAUUCAGCUGUUAAAAGACUGACUUGAAUAUGUUUUUUUCUGGAUGCGAGGCUAUGAAGGUUUUCAGGACUGUUGACACCAGUAUGCCUGACAAUGUGAAUGUGUUUCCUCCUUUAGCCCCUGCAUCUCCCUCUGUCUGUACCUCGAAAGUAUAUAUACCACCUAACAUGAAAAGCUGCUAUUAAUAAUGUAUCUUUUAAAUUAAAACACUUGUUGGGGGGUACAUACUAACCAAUAGUAUGACCUGUUUCAUUUGAAUGAGACAGCAAGGCUGUUAAGCUUCCCCUUUUACAGUAUUAAAGACCAUUGUAUUUUCCUUUAUAAUUGUAAUUGCACAUUGUUAAUAUUAAUAAUUAUUAUUGGGGUUACUUAGCUUUUAUUUUCUACAGGUAUUUUAAUCAACAGAGCAUUGAUUUAAACAUAUAAAAGAAAAUCCCAAACCAUUUUGUUCAUAAGGCGCAAGUGUUUGUACAGACAACUAUAAAAGAGUAUGGUGACUGUUUCAGAGGUCUGUAUAGGUGUGCUGCUGUGUGAAGAACGAUGCCUCUGCCCACUGGCUGAUUAGCACUAACACAGUCAUCACAGGAUGGUAACCUUACUACAAGGAGGAGAAACUACUGUUCUCAGACCACCUAUUCUACAACAGUGUUUAAACCUCUCAGCAUUGGCCCCAAACAGCUGUUCUUUGUUAGAUUCUUUGAUGAAGAUAAAUAAAUGACUGAAACAUUCAUAAGUUCUGAAAUAGAACUUUUUAUGAACCCGAUGAAGCAAAUGGAUUGGUUGACUGUCCUUAUCUAAAUUCAGUCGUGGAAAUAUCUCAGCUAAGCAAGCGUCCUCUCACUACCUGUGUUGAAGUUAGACAACUACAUAAAUAGAUGGGAAUAGUUCUGGUCUUACUAUUGAAGUGGGAUACAGGUUGCAGAGGAAGGAGAAAUAGCAUUAUGUGGGUGGUACACAGUAUAGAAGAGCUUUUGUAAUGUAUAGGCUUGCAUUCGUAGCCUUAACUUCCUGUGAGGCAUCUUCUUUAGCUGUCUUUAGCUCACACUGAUGUACAGUACAAGGAGGGUUCAGUAAGUGCAGGCCCACCUGUAGAAGACAAAUCAUACACCCUUUGCCUUCAGAGCAUGCAGUCCUUAUUUCUUAAGAACCAUGCAAAACCUCAUUUUUCCAUCGGCGUUUAACUUUCUGGAAGCCCUCUCAAAACAAAUUAUGGCUCCCGGUUUGAAGAAAGGACAUGUAUACUGUACCAGCCUCAAAAUGUCAGUUUACUGUCCUACCAAACUAAACAAAUUACUGCAGCGGAAGUCUUCCCACUGAGGCUUAGCUAUUAUAUUGUUAAUAAUAUGUGAUUGGAUUACAUUCACGAUCCACCUUUAGCUGUUCUUUCUGUAAUAUGGAGUUUAUGGUCACAGAAGUGCCAGUAAAUUACAGUAUGUUUGGGUGCUUCACUCAGGCAUUCACAAUGGUAAAUUAAGCAUCAAUGAAUAUUGGCACAGUCUUUUUUUUCUCCUUCCUCUGUGAACAGUAUUUGAUCUUUCAGAUGUAAUGGGGGUCACAUUAAUUUAUUACUAGAUUUAGUCCAAGGAUUACUUUAGCCAGAACCUGGUUGUUGUUGUUUUUUUCAUGUAAUCAUUCAAAUAUUUUAUUGGACAAAUUUCUACAUCUUAUGAUUCCUUAGUAUUAAAGCAAGCUUUAAGCGGUCUACCACUGUUUUGUUGGUUCUUUUAACUAGUGUGGUAAUCUGCCCAUUGGCAAAAUACAAAUUUUGAUAUUUUCUUAACAGCUUUCUGUGGCGAGAUAAAAUAGUGAUGUGAAAACUACAAUUAAGUCUUAAAAUUUGCACUGAAUCCUUCAGGGAAGGGUCAAUCUAACACAAGGCAUACAAAUUACCGGAAGACCAGAUAUAAUUUUAUUUCAAGUUUCAAAAUGAUGGUGUAGUCUUGAGAUGAUAAUUUAGGCAUACAUAACAAGUGCGCACAAUUGGCAUACCAUCAAAUAUAUGUGCAGGUAAAUAACACAUAAUUCUGUUUGAAAAGACGUUCUGUUUUUCAAGCUACAGAAUAUCCCUUGUUUUGAGCAGAAAACGUUUUUUUUAAACAAGACCUUUUCAACUUCACCUGUGUGGAACAAGGUCAGAGACUGGCGUACAUUGAAUUUCUUUAUGGAAUUUAUAUUUGUGCAGGUGAUGCAUGUAGUUUACAAGUGUUGCUCCUUGCAAUAAAUAAGGAGAUAAUAUUAUCCAUUAUUGCCAAUACGCAAAACAAAUUAGUUUUUUAAUUAUGAAAAAUGUUAUUCUGUAUUUUAUGUGAAACAGGUCCUUUUCUGUAGAUUUUUGUGUGUAUACACAAGGUGAUAUUUGUAUAGUAAAACAGUUAUGGUAAGGGAUGGAAAAUAAAAGGCUUUUAAAUAAAAAGUGAUUUUUUCUUUGUUUCUCUUGAUCCACAUUUAUCCAGGAUGUUGAAAUGCAUUGUCAGCUAACAUUAAAAUGUCUUCUUAAGCUUUAA